GACUCAAACUUUUAAUCGGAGUCGAAUCAGAUUAUUAUUUUUCUUCUUUUCUAUCAAACCGGACCACAAUCGGAUCCGGAUUGGAUUACCAUCCCGGGCCUUCGGAAAGGAACUUCAGCUUGUGCUCAAUCCCAUGUUCUUCAUUCUUCCACAGUCGAGGUUUUGAGAAACAAAUAGUUGCAAAAUCAACGAACAAAAUAAGAACACAGCAAAAGCAGCCAAACACCCAGUUCGUCACUUCGAACCCUUUUUCUCUCUCAUCUUCACCAUGUCGUCUGCCGACGAUUCGAGCUUACACCAAUCUUCAGUAGAUCAACAAGGGGCGGAGGGAAUAAUAAAUCAGCAUUUGCCAGAAAAUGCCGAAUUGGGAUGGUAUAUUGUUGAUGCAAGCCAGCAACAAAUUGGCCCUUACACAAUAUCGGAGUUGCGAGAGCAUUUCCUAAACGGAUACCUGACAGAGAGUACCUUUGUGUGGGCUCAAGGAAGACCUGACUGGCAGCCACUUUCAUCAGUUCCCGAGUUAAUGACUGGAGUACAUUGUAAUACAACUGAACUUUCAGCUUUAGAUCCGGAAUUUUCUUAUCAUUGUUAUCCAGGAGAGAUGAAUCUGAUACAUAGUGAUUUCUUUGCAGUUUCUGCCAGCAAUGAUGAUGAAUUUGAGAAAUGGCAAAAGGAAGUGAAAGAGGCAGAGGCUGAAGCUGAGAUGCUGAAAUAUGAUUCUGGUAAUGUAGAUGGAGUUGAUCCAGAGCGACCCUCAACUCCGCCUGAAGGAGAGGAAGAAUUUACUGAUGAUGAUGGGACUACUUACAAGUGGAAUCGCGGUCUUAGGGCAUGGGUGCCUCAGGAGAGUCAAGCAGAUGAAGAAGGAUAUGGAUUGGAGGAGAUGACAUUUGUCAAACAAGAGGAAGUUUUUCCAAUACUAACUGUGGACGACACUCUUGAAAAUAAAGAAGACAACAUCGAUAUUGGAACAGUGGAAGAAAAGGAUACAAAACAAAGUGCUAAGAGAAAAGAGCCAGAAAACAAGACUGAGAAAAAGGAAGCAAACAAACCGCCAGACAGUUGGUUUGAAUUGGUAGUCAACACACAUGUUUAUGUGACUGGGUUGCCGGAUGAUGUCACAAUUGAGGAAGUAGUGGAGGUUUUCUCCAAGUGUGGCAUAAUAAAGGAGGAUCCUGAGAGUAAAAGACCGCGUGUGAAACUAUACUUUGACAAGGAGACCGGAAGAAAGAAGGGGGAUGCACUCGUUACAUAUCUAAAGGAGCCAUCAGUAGCCUUAGCAACGCAAAUUUUAGAUGGGACACCUUUUCGACUUGGAGGGAAGAUACCUAUGACUGUUACCCCAGCUAAGUUUGAGCAGAAAGGGGAGAAGUUUGUUCCCAAACAAGCAGAUAAAAGGAAGAAACAGAAACUAAAGAAGGUUGAAGAGAAGAUGCUUGGUUGGGGUGGUCGUGAUGAUUCAAAACUUAUGAUCCCGGCUACAGUUGUCCUCAGCAACAUGUUUACGACAGCAGAAAUGAGGGAGGAUUCAAGUUUACGUGAUGAAUUAGAGGUAGAUAUCCAAGAGGAAUGUGGAAAGCUUGGUCCAGUGGAUUCCGUCAAGGUCUGUGAGAGCAACCCACAUGGAGUUGUGUUAGUUAGAUACAAGGACAGAAAAGAUGCUAAAGAGUGUAUAAAGGUGAUGGAUGGGCGGUGGUUUGGUGGGAAGCAGAUACAUGCUGUUGAAGAUGAUGGUUCUGUCAAUCAUGCUUUGCUCCGGGACUAUGACGACGAGGGAGAACGGCUAAAGAAGUUUGCUGCAGAACUUGAAGCUGAAUGACCAAAUUACGAAUAGCUUGUCUAGAGAGGGAUGAUAAUACUGCUUCCCGUCUCUCCUGCCAGUUAUUGUAAGUAGUUUGUCAUGAAAAUUGAGUGUAGCUGUUGAAAAGGAAGGAUAUUUAGGGCUGUGGGAAUGCCGCGGAGAUGUACAUACUGGAGUGAAAUGGAAAUUUUUGGUAGUUGUUGGCUAUAUCAAACUUUUCUUGCCAUUUUUUUUGGUCACUAUUAUAUCGAAAUUUGGUAAAAAAUUCGUAUAGCGAAGUAUCAUUAGGUGUUUCUUUUGUAGACUGAGAAGUUGCUGCUUCAUGAAGUAUAUUUUUGUGGCGUUUCAAGGGA